AUGACAAUUGUGGAGAACGAUAAAGGUGAGAUGGUGCCAAUGCGUGUACAAAAUGGUUGGAGAAUGUGCAUCGAUUUUCGAAAGCUCAAUGAGUUCGAUGGAAAUGAUGAUUUUGGUCUGUGGAAUGCCAAAAUCAAAGAUAUUCUUGGACAACAGAGAGCUUACAAGGCCUUUUUAGACCUGUCAACUCUGCCACCUACAUUAACAGCUCAAGAAAGGGAAGACAUGGAACUUACAGCUUAUGGGACUCUGGUUCUUAAUCUCAGUGACAACAUCUUAAGACAGAUGGAUUCUACCAAACCACUUUCAGACAAUCUAGAUGAGUUUAAGACGACAGUUUAUGAGUUCAAGAGACUUGGAAAAAAGAUUGGCAAUGAGAAUGAAGCCUUUGUCUUAUUGAACUCUCUACCCGAAGCCUAUAAGGAGGUGAAGAAUGCAAGCACUGUCCAAACAAGUGAGAAUGGUAUAACUAGGCAUAAAACUGUGAGGUAUACACCUCAACAGAAUGGGGUUGUUGAGAGGUUAAAUAGAACCAUAAUGGAAAGGGUUAGAUAUUUUCUUUCUGAUACUAUCCUAAGUGAAAAUUAUUGGGUAGAAGCUACAGCCUACACAGUGUAUACCUUGAAUAGGUGCCCUUACACAUCUCUAGAGUUCCUUACCCUUGAGGAAAAGUGGACUAAUCAUCCUCCUAAUCUAGAUAACCUCAAGGUCUUUGGAUGUGUAGGGUUUGUUCACCAAAAUAAGGGAAAGCUGAAAGCCAAAGUAAUUAAGUGCAUGUUUGUAGGCUUUACAGAGGGUGUCAAAGGAUAUAAAAUGUGGCAUCCAGUUGAGAGGAAGUUCAUAGUGAGCAGAGACAUCACUUUUAGGGCAGAAGAGACGUUUAUGUAA